AUGCUUCCCAGCUUUUCUUCAAGGCUCGCCCUCUCUCUCAGCGACACUCUUCUGGGCACUCUCUCCGUCACCCUAUCGCACACCGAGGUGUCGCGACCCCGCGGUGACCUGCUCCUGACUAGCCCACCUUACGCCACGGGACUCCGGGGGCCCAGGGCCAAAGAGCUAAGCCAACAGUGUUUACAUGUUCUGGUCCUCUAUUUCCACCUCCAGGAAUCUCAACAGAGCUCAGCCGAUUUCAGGAUCUAUAUUGAGAACCACACGCGGAACCCGGAUGACCUGAGCCGGAAGCAGAUCCGUAUCUACCAGCUGUACAGCCACACCACGGGCAAGCACGUCCAGAUCCUGGGCAAGAAGGUCAACGCCAACGGAGACGAUGGGGGCAAGUACGCUCUUCUUGUUGUCGAGACGGAAACCUUUGGGAGCCAUAUUCGAAUAAAAGGGAAGGAGAGUGAGUAUUACAUCUGUAUGAACAAGAAUGGCAAAAUCAUUGGGAAGCUCAAUGGAAGGAAUCAGGAGUGCGUCUUUGUGGAAGAAUUCUUGGAGAACAAUUACACAGCUCUCGUGUCGGCCAAGUACAAAGGGUGGUACCUAGGCUUCAACAGGAAGGGGAGGCCCAAAAAAGGAUCGCGGACCACACAAACACAACAGGAAGUGCAUUUCAUGAAACGCCACCCAAAGGGCAAGGUGGACCCACUGGAAGAGUUCCGUUUCACUACAGUAACUAAGCGGACACGAAGGGCGCGUCGCUUAAAACAGAACCCCGAAACUAACUGAUGGUCCGAUGGACAUCAGACACACUGUUUUCCAAGGAAAUCACAAGAUUCUUCUGUAAAAAGAACGACGACAAAAAAAGAACAAACAUUCAAAGAUGUUUUAUUUUUAUAUUUCAGGAACAUUGAACAUCUCCCAAAUGUUGGAUGUUUCUGAGUUGUUAUAAUUAUUAUAAUGUGUCUUAUUUUAUUUAUAUCGGAUAAACUAAGAAUGACAAAGGACCCUUAUUGCUUAUCUUCUGCUCCUUUGAAUUACAAACUGAAGGCAUAUUUCUGACAAUGAGGGUGGAAGCAUGAGUUUAUAAAUGUUAUAAAAAGAAAGCGCUAGAUUUUAUUGGAAUACCUGUCAGUUUUGUUUGUGUCACCCCCCCGACAACAUGGAUCCCGUAUUUCUACUGGAAUCAGACGCCAAGGAGACGAAACGGAAAGAGGUGACAGUGGCAGGUGACACAGUCUACCUAGAUAACUGUGUAGCUUUGAGUGCAAUAUUUGACAGUGCCCACUCUCUCUCCCCCAACUCUCCCUCUGUGUUGAUACCUUCUGCCUGAAUCGUUGGCUACUCUGGCUGGAAUGCGCUGAACACGAUGUGUACAGUGUGAUUUCCUUGACAUUUUUGUACAACUGAUGAUUCAACAUGCUUUGACUAGCCAGGUAUCAGACAGACGGGGUUGUAGUUUUGUUGAACCUCAGUUGAUGUGGCUCAGAAGUUAACUGACUAUUACAAUGGAAACAUAAUAUCACACCUUUAGCCUUUCUUGUCUUACUGUGGUAGAAAGUUGAAACAAGCCUAAUGAAUACUGGACAGCUUUUCAAACACUGCCUUAUAUGAUGUUAUCUGAUAUACUUCAGAAUCAUUUUUGACACAGAGCAAGCUUUCUGUUAUUAUUAACAUCUGCAUCCACCAAUUUUGCCCUGCUUUUCAUAGGCCUACAACCAAAAGGUGGAUUGUAUUUCUGGUUGUUCAUGGUGCACCCAAGCACCCAUGUUCAAAGAGACAUCCCAAAAACUGUUAAUCUUUAACAAUGUGUUCAAUCAAGCCAGUUAUAAUGUCGAGAGCACUGAAUUGUUCAAAUGUGUACUAAGACAGGUAUAGAUUCAUCCUAUCCACCCACUAUCUCUGUGUUGUAAGACCUAACUCUCAAACCCUGAAAACCGUACAACCAGAAAUAUGCUUAUCUUGGAUUCGGGAAACAGACUGCAGCCAAUAAUAGACCAGACAACCAGAGGAGUUGUGAUCCCUACAGAACAUGGUAGAUCAUUACCAUUGAUGACAAAGUUCAGCCUCUAUUCCUGGGUAGAGCUGUAGUAGCCUAUAUAUUUGUCUACCACCUGACAGGUUUUGUAUGAGAUGCUACUAACAACAUGACACGUUUAUGAAUUUGUUUUUUUAAAUGUAUGCAAAAACAAUUUUAUGACUAUUAUAAGAUAUUUAUUGCCUUUCUUUGUAAAUACAAUGUGAUGAAUUUAUUUGGCCUCUGUUAAUAAAAU